CAACACCUGAAGCACGUAGGUUGGAUGAGGGUGACUGCGAUCCGUUUGCUGGUCUGUGUGUCGAAUCUUUACGAGUUUCUUAAACAGAAUUCCGGUCUGUUACGGUCCACCAUCGGCAUCGUCGAGGGUGCCGUCACAACCAUAAUUGGCCCCGUCUAUGAGAAGUUUAAGGACGCUCCGGGUCAUCUUGUGUUUCUUGAUAGGAAGGUAGACGAGGCUACUCACAAAUUUGACGAGCAUGUGCCACCAGCAGGCAAGGAAAUGGUGAACCAAGCGCGAUAUUUGGUUCACAGGGCUGCACAAAAGGCUCAGAAAUUAGUCGACGAGGCUCGACCUAGCGGCGCUACGGCUCUUUGAACUACGCCGCGAGUGAGUACAAGCAGUUCGUCCUGGUGAUUUCGACCAAGUUGUGGGUACAAAUGAACCACAGUUCAGCUUUCCACUCGGUUGCGGAGAUGAUCAUUUCCACGGCGAAGAAUUUGUCCUAGAAGUAAAACUGCUUGGUUAAGGACAUGAGCGGGAAACGUUACCCUGUGUUCAAGUAUUUGCCAUUGACCCGUUUGCCGAGUUGAGUAAAGCCGUCAAACAAGCUGAAGCGAAGGACAAGAAACACGUCGACGCUCGUAAAUCGGAUUCCGAUUCCGGUUCUGGAUCGAAUUCAU